AUGCAACGCUUCUGGCAGCGCUUGACGAUCGUGCGGCAGACGGCGCCGCAGCCAUGUGUGUUCUGUGACCAUGCUAACUUGGAGACCAAUGGGAUACUCUACGAAGAUGACCAGGUCAUGGCCUUCCGUGACAAGCAUCCUCGGGCCACUGCACAUAUCCUCGUCGUGCCAAAGGACCACAUCGAGUCCACCGCCAACCUCACGCCGUCCCAUGCAUCCAUAGUUGAGCACAUGCUGAAUAUUGGGAAGGAUGUGUUGCAUCAAGAAUGCCUUCGCCACGGCCAUGUCCCGUCCAAACCGUCCGUCCAGUCCUCUAUGCUUGGCAUCCUCAUGUCCCUCUUGACGUAGAGCGGUGUUUGGAUUCCACCAGCCGCCAUUCAACUCGAUCAACCAUCUUCAUUUGCAUUGCCUCGCGCCUCCAUUUCUGCCAUCUUGGAACGAACUCCGCUACAUUGAAACGCCAUUGCUGCGCAACUUCAUCACCGCCGACUCGUUGCUGCUCCAAGCGUCCGCCGCCCGUCCUACAUCCCAUUACAAAUAACCUCGAGAUGAAGCAAUACACAGACGAAACAGA